GCAAGUUACAUAAGGAAUCACCUGGAGUCACAUCAAUGGAGGAGGAGUUUAUGCCAGUGAUUGCUGCAUCAAUACAGAUCCAUACUCAUUAACAUUCCAUAACUAAUAUGGAAAUCACCUAUAAAAAUUUUCUGGAUUGCCUUGAGCCUCUCGUUGGGUUUCUGGUCCCAAAAAUGAGAUGAAUUUCUAGAGACUACCUUUGUUGAAACAAAAUUACCUAACACUAUAUAUAGUUGGGUUGCUAGUUUUUUCCCUUUUUGCACCUAUAUAUAGUUGCACCUCCCAACAAAUUUUCAAGUGGCAGGGUAAUUAUUUAAGGAAUCACCUGGAGUGCCGCUAAUGGAGGAGUCAUUAUGCCAGUGAUUGCAGCAUCAACACGUAACUCAUACAUUUUAACAUCCAUAACUGAUAUGGCAAUCUCCAAAAAGAAUUUUCCAGAUCCUCUGAGCCUCUCCUCUUAGCAAGAUGGACACAGUGUUGACCGGUGCCGGAUCAAUUCAAGAAUCCGAUUAUGACCGGAAAUACGAACUGAGGGUGUUCGACGAAUCAAAAGCCGGCGUGAAGGGGCUUUUAGAUUCAGGGUUGACAAAAAUCCCGAAGAUAUUCGUCAAUGAGCAUCGCAAGCUUGAGAAGAAUCAUGCCCCUGCUGCAGCGGAAUCCUUUGAAAUUCCGAUCAUCGACUUAAAGGGCAUUGCGGAAGAUGAAAGCUUGCGCCGUGAGGUCAUCGGAAAAGUUCAGGUUGCAAGCGAGAACUGGGGUUUCUUUCAGGUGGUCAAUCAUGGAAUUCCGGUGAGCACUCUGGAUGGGAUGAUUGAUGGUAUUCGGAGAUUUCAUGAACAAGAUGCUGAAGUGAAGAAAGAGAUCUAUUCUCGGGAUUAUUCCAGUAGAAAAGUGCUCUACUACAGCAAUUUUGAUCUGUACCAGGGGCCAGUAACCAACUGGGGGGAUACUUUGUGGUGUUUCAUGGCUCCGUCUCCCCCGGACCCUCAAGAACUCCCGGUAGUCUGCAGGGACAUAAUAAUUGAGUAUUCAAACAAGGUAAUGGAAUUAGGACAAGUACUGCUCCAACUACUGUCAGAAUCUCUUGGUCUUGAUCCUAAUUACUUGAGAGACAUUGGCUGUGCAAAGGGUCUUUGUUUGUCUGGCAACUACUACCCAGCAUGCCCUGAACCGGACCUCACAUUGGGCGUAAGUAGCCAUACUGAUAUUGGCUUCUUUACUGUGCUUUUACAAGAUCAACUUGGUGGCUUACAGGUCCUUUAUCAAAAUCAGUGGAUAGAUGUUACCCCUAUUCAUGGAGCUCUUGUCGUAAAUUUGGCUGACUUAAUUCAGUUUAUUACCAAUGAUAGGUUUAUAAGCGUUCAUCACAGAGUUCUUGCAAAAGCUGUAGGUCCAAGAAUUUCAAUGGCAUGUUUCUUCAGAACACACCUCCCAACGGAAAGUACCACUGUCUAUGGACCAAUUAAGGAGCUGUUAUCAGAUGAAAAUCCUCCAAUUUAUCGUGAAGCAACUGUAAAAGACUUCGUGUCACACCACUACUCUAAUGGGCUCAACGGUGUCUCCCCACGAGAACAUUUCAAACUCUGAAUUAUAUGCAUUUGGAAACAAUGUUAUGUUCUACCUUUAGUUAGGCUAGUAAUCUGAAGCGCUAUCUUGUUAUGUAAUUUAAAUAUGUGAACUUAAUGUGAAGGGAUAUUGAUAAGUUUGGAAUUUCAUAAAUAUUAAUAUGAAAU